AUGGAGUACAACGACACGGCCCCCGCCUCCUGCCUGGACUCUGCCACGUUCAAGAUCUCCGUCAGCGUGGCGCUCACCGUCCUCAUUCUCCUCACGAUCGCCGGCAACGUGGUGGUCUGCCUGGCCGUGGGCCUGAACCGCCGGCUCCGCAGCCUGACCAACUGCUUCAUCGUGUCCCUGGCCGCCACCGACCUGCUCCUGGGCCUCCUGGUGCUGCCCUUCUCGGCCGUCUACCAGCUCUCCUGCCGCUGGAGCUUCGGCCCGGUCUUCUGCAACAUCUACACGAGCCUGGACGUGAUGCUCUGCACGGCCUCCAUCCUCAACCUCUUCAUGAUCAGCCUGGACCGCUACUGCGCCGUCACGGCCCCCCUGCGCUACCCCGUGCUGGUCACCCCGCUCCGCGUGGGCGUGUCCCUGGUCCUGAUCUGGGCCGUGUCCAUCACCCUGUCCUUCCUGUCCAUCCACCUGGGCUGGAACAGCAGGGAGGAGGCCGGCGGCAGCGGCGGGGCCAACCACACCGUCCUGCCCUGCAAGGUCCAGGUCAACCUGGUGUACGGCCUGGUGGACGGCCUGGUCACCUUCUACGUGCCCCUGCUGGUCAUGUGCGUCACCUACUUCCGCAUCUUCAGGAUCGCCCGGGAGCAGGCCCGGAGGAUCCACCACGCCGGCCCCUGGAGGGCGGCCACCCUCCGGGAGCACAAGGCCACGGUGACGCUGGCCACCGUGAUGGGCGCCUUCGUCCUCUGCUGGCUCCCCUACUUCACCGUGUUCGUCUACCGCGGGCUGCGGGGGGACGCCGCCGUCAACCAGACCUUCGAGGCCGUGGUGCUGUGGCUGGGCUACGCCAACUCCGCCCUGAACCCCAUCCUGUACGCCGCGCUCAACAGGGACUUCCGUACGGCCUACCAGCAGCUCCUGCGCUGCAGGUACGCGGGCUACGCCGACCACGACCCCUCUCUGCGGUGCGACGGCUCCCGGCUCCCCAGGACGCGGAGCCAGGGCCCCGGGCAGCAGCAGGAAGAGAAGCCCCUGAAGCUCCAGGUGUGGAGUGGCGGAGAGGCCGCGGCACCCCGGGGAGCCACAGACAGGGAGCCUGCGCUGUCCUGCACCGUGAGCUCCAGCAACCUCCUGAGCUGCUGCAAGAGUCUGUGGGGACGCCGGUUCCUCCAGAGACGCAGGGGAGGCCCCUCGGAGCAGCCGCCGAGGACACCACCCUCCCAGGCCGCCUAG